CAGCAAGAUUGACUCAGUGUGUGUGUGUGUGUGUGUGUGUGUGUGUACAUAUAUUUAGUCCUCUGUAAGGACCAAAAAGUACUAAAAGUCCUCAUAAUGACAGGAUGGUGUCAAAUGUCUUCCAUAAAAACAGUGGUUUGACAUCUUUUAUUUGAAAAUUAAAAGGUACGGAGCAUUAACCAGUGAUAAUUACCUUCUGUAAAGUUCUCACAAACAUAGUAAAACCAGUGUGUGUGUGUGUGUGUGUGCGCGUGGUUAACACAUUACAACAUUUAAAUAAAUAGUGGCUCACGCCAAACCCAGCAUUCCCCAAAUUGCUCCUAGGAAAUCCCCAGCCAUGCCUCGGUUUAGAUCUUUCCCAGCCACACCUGGAUUUCAUUCAUCUUGAUUACUUGCUGAGGAAAUAAAAUUCCCACAGAUACGUUGGUGAAAACAAUCUCUACCGUGACCCACUGUGGAUGGAUUUCAAUCAGGAUUUGUUUUGCAUGCGUAGUUAAAGUCAGUUGAAUCUUUUACAGCAGUAACUUUGUGGUUUUAUUUUUCAUCAAUGUCCAUGUUUUUCUUCCUCCUGCUCCUCUACAACAAACGUAAUGUUGCUCAUAGCACUGGAAAAACGCUUUGGAAAAGCCUCAGCAAAAAUGAGUGGCUAAGCCAGAUACAUCAAGAGAUGAUUCAGUUUUACAAGCAGAUUGGAGAAAACAAAACCCAGGAUGAUGCCUAUUCUAAAGAAAUCUCACCACCACCGCCGAACCCGAAGACUGACAGUGACACCAAACCAGCUGCAUUUCUGCAUUACAAUCAUUACUUAAAGUCAGACGUGGCCGUGAUGCAGUGGGCCAUUCGUGGCUUUCCUGCAUUUACGCACAAUUUCAAUUACAGCAAUGGCUGUCUGAUCAUCCCUAAAGACGGAUUCUACUACCUGUUCUCCAAAGUGUCCUUCAAAAACAGCUGCAAAAGUUUCACACAUGAGAUCAAACUGAACUCAUCACGUUACAGCCACCAUCCCCUCAGCCUCAUGACGGACAGGUACAGCUGUGUGGACCAGAUAAGGCCUCACGAGAAGACGAACCAGAUUAGCAGCUACCUGGGUGGAGUUUUCAAGCUGUAUAAGAAGGACAAGUUGUUUGUUUCAGUCAGUGAUCUUAACAACUUGAUAGAAGGACAGCAAGAAAACUUCUUUGGUGGUUUCAUGAUCUAGCAUAUAAACACAUACACAUUAAGAAUACAUCACACAAGUACACACUUCAUGCACACUUUCAUGAAGUACACAUACACGGUUCUCAUUUGUUUUUUUCCUAAGUUAAUUUAGAGUAUUUUUUUCUAUUAUAUUUAACAUUUCAAUAUUUGAUAACCUGCCAGUAUUUAUGUAAACAGAACCACAGCAACACAUUAUGAUGUGUUUUUGCAUGUGCUGUGAAUUGAGCCCUGGUGCGUUUUAUGCCCUCUCCGUGAGGUCCGUGUAAGCUGGUGUGAACAUAGCAAUCACUCUCGGGUGGAGACCACAACAACCGGUCCUAGAGUAUCUUAGCUAUGUGAACUCUAGUGCACUUCAAUCACAGCGAGAACAAGACUCGACUCUUAAUUUAUUGAGAUAUGAGCUGCUAAACUGACCCUCAAGCUUCAAACUGAGGCAACAGACAGAGCUGAAAUGCUGAAGAUGUACAAAAUGAUAUGUGUUAUGGAUAUCUUGAUCUAUAGUGGAAAUGCUGGAUAAGGGUUACAAAAUGAUUCAUACUAGUUGUUUCUGUAAUUAUUGGAUCUAUGCUGAUCAAGCUCCUCCUGCCUGAGCAGAGAUUAUCCAUAAGUUCAUACGGUGGAGACAAGGGUGUCGAGCAUCUGGGUGGAGUUGGGUGUUGGGGUUAUAGGACGAGUCUCAUCAGGUCCAUCUCCAUCUCCUGGAACUUUGGUCCUGCAAAGACUAUCUCCAUUAAUAGUGUUCUAAAACCCCAACAAGAACAUCACUCCUGUAGCUCAUCUUCUCGUAACAGCACCAAACACACACACUGCCAUGUUAGUGUAAGUGCUUUACUGAGAAUAAACCACCAAUCAAAUCAUAUCUGCUUCAUGAAGCUCCUAUGGGAAAGGGUGGGGUGGGGUGGGUGGUGGUGGGGUCUGUUUCCACUGAUGGAUGGGGUAGAGUAGGCCAGUAGUUUAUUUAUUUACAUAUAGUGUAUAAUGUAUUUCUCAGGGAAUUUUAAUCUUUUUAAAUAUUUUUUCUCUCUGAGUUAUGACAUGUUUUGCUGAACAGAUAUUGAUAUUGUUUUUAUUUUUAUUAUCACAGUUAUUGUUGUAACUAUCACAUCUUUGUAUGCUUGUAAAAAAAAAUAAACUAAUAUAUUUGGA